AUGGAUCCUUUACCACACCUGUCGCCCGAGGAGUUGCAGGAGGAUAAGUCGCCACUGGUCCUGGGUGUGAUAUCAAUGUGCCUCUUCAUAUCGACGGGCAUACUGAUUCUGCGGCUCUGGACCCGCUUCCACAUUGUAAAGAGAAUUGGUAUCGACGACUGGGCUGCCGCUUUCUCGUUGUGCUUCUGGGUUUCUGUCCUCUUCUACAGCCUGGGUCACUUGUCGUUCAAGAUGGCUUUCCUGCUACAGUACUACCGCGUACUGGUUACCCACUACAUGAAGAAGUACUACAUCGCUGCCAUGAUCUUCGUAGGGGCUUGGGGGCUUAGCGUUGUGAUCAUCUCCUUUAUCUGGUGUAUUCCUCUCGAGGGCUUUUGGGACCGCUCAGUCCCGGCAAAGUGUCUUCCUCAGCAGGUCCUCUUUUACCUCUUCGGGGCCUGCAGUAUCGCGACAGAUAUUCUCAUCUUCCUGCUGCCGCUACCAGCGCUGAUCCAGCUCAAACUUCCGAGGACUCAAAAGCUGUACCUGCUUGGCAUCUUCAGUCUUGGAUUCCUCAUCGUCGGCAUUUCCGUCUUGCGACUCCAAUUCUUAAAGAUCGACCCAGACUUCACCUACUGGAACGUGGAGCCUGCUAUGUGGUCCCUCGGCGAGCUCUCAGCGGCAAUGGUAUGCCUUUGCCUGCCUCCUCUCAAAGCCCUCGCAGCCCGCAUGGGCCUGCUUGUCACCAGGACGGGGACUUCGAGGACUGUACCCUCGACGGUCGACCAACACACCCGCGGACCGGCGUCCAACGCGCCGCUCUCGCCCGUCCCCAGGGCGGUCGACACCUACCCGACGAAUUCGCCCGGCAGCGAGAAGCCCGGCAGCUUUGGAAAUUACGUGGUGGAGACGGAGCGCAGCGACGAAGAAGUGAUUCGGCCCAGUCCUGCGCACAUGGUAUGA